AUGUCAUCUGUUUACAAUCAUCUAUAUUUGGAGGCAAGGAACUUCUUGAAAACUAACCCAGAAUUAUUAGUGUGUAGAUCUGACAAGGGCAAUGUCACAGUACUCAUCACUAGUGCCCAGUACCAUGAAAAGGUUAUGGAACUUUUGAAUGACAAUAAUGUAUAUGAAGUAUUGCCUCGCGACCCAACCUCUAAUAUAAUACGAAGGAAUAAUGACAUCUCUAAACGCCUUAAAGAACUAGGAUACAUUACUCCUAGGGAAUGUAAAAAUAUCAAUACAUACAAGGCUCUUCCGCCAAAUUUUUACAUCUUAAUUAAGGUUCAUAAAGAGGGACUUCCGGGUAGACCUAUAGUUUCCUCAAUCAAUUCUCCAACCACAAAACUAAGCGCGUUUAUAACUGAGGUACUUAAGGUGUCGUUCUCUGAUUAUUUUACUUAUUCGGUUAAAGACUCAGAAUCAUUUUGUCAGCUUGUAAAAAACGUGCAACUUCCAGCCGGUUUUGUACUUAUCUCACUUGACGCAGUGUCAUUGUUCACCAAUAUAUCUCUCCAAUUGGUUAUCCAACUUUUGGAUGAUAACUGGCAUAUGAUAGCACCGAAUUGCAAUAUUCCGAAGGAUGAAUUCCUCGCUGUCAUCACCUUCCUCUUCAGUUCCAAUUACUUUGUAUAUGAUGGAAAGUUCUAUAAACAGAAAGAUGGCUGCCCUAUGGGUAGUAACCCCAGUGCUAUCCUCGCUAUUAUAGUGAUGACUGAAAUUAUUAGGAGAGCCUGUAUUGUUCUUGGAUUCACCCUUCCAUUCAUCUGCCAUUACGUAGAUGAUAUUAUCACGGCUGUUCCUGAGACUGAGAUAGACAGCGUCCGACAACAAUUCAAUCUGGUUUUUGAGGAUGUUGUUUCCUUCACAGUAGAGAGAGAGACCAACAAUGCAGUUCCUUUUCUGGACACCUUAGUCAUUAGAACCCCUGAUAACACAUUAAUCACAGACUGGUACACAAAACCUGCCAGUUCUGGGAAAUUUAUCAACUUCCAAUCGUAUCACUCCUUCAAGGUGAAGACGAACUUCAUUUUGGGCAUGAAAAAACGAAUCUAUGCGGUAGCACAUGAGAGUAGAAGAGAUGCGUCGUUGCAGAGAUUCAAGAAGAUGCUAUAUGAUAAUGGGUACCCCAGGUCUUUGAUUAAUAGACUUUUCAACAAUGUUCCUGUUACACCAGGCUAUGAUGGAUCUUUUGGAAAUGAUUCUGUACCACCGAAUGAACCAACAAACCGUAAGACAAUUUACGUUUCCUUUCCCUAUUUGGAAGGACUCUCAAAUAAAAUUUCAUCUGUGCUUUCCCAAGUUGGUGAGGUCUCAGUAAAACUGGCUUAUUCAAGCCUUAAAACCAAUAUAGGUUUGUUUAGGGCACCCAAAUAUAAGAUUCCUGAAAAGAAUGCUUUUGAGGUAGUCUACCAGGUUGAGUGUGGUGAUUGCGGUGGACUUUAUAUUGGUCAGACUGAACAACAUCUCUGUAGGAGGAUUUCACAACAUAAAAGUGACGCUAGAUUACACCCAGAAAAAUGCGCACUAGCCAGACAUAUUAAUGAUACGGGACAUCGUGUUAAAUUUGAUGACAUUAAAAUUUUGGAUUCUCACAAAAACCUCAGUAUAAGAAAAUUUCUAGAGAUGUGCUAUAUUGUUGGUGCAGAUAGGAAGGCAAUUAAUGAACAGAGUGAUAUUAAGAACUUGAGUAGCAUUUAUUGCAACAUUCUUGAGAUUGAUCGGAGGAGAUGCGUUGUUUGA